CUUAAAUACGCACCGUUUAAUCAAGACUCGCUCCAUCGUAAUUCAUUGAUCUGAUCUAGGGUUAUUCCUGCAUGUUCGGAUUUCAUUGAAAUGGCGAAUCCUUACCGAUCCAGAGAGGGUCUUAGCUCGAGACCAGUGGCUGGUUCCGAUGAGAUCCAAUUGAGGAUCGAUCCAGUACAUGGGGAAUUAGAUGAAGAAAUUUCGGGUCUGCACAGACAAGUUAAACAGCUUAAAAACGUGGCUCAAGAAAUCGAGACAGAAGCGAGAGUUCAGAAUGACAUUAUCUCAGAUAUGCAAAUGCUAAUGAGCAAUGCUGAAUCAGGACUUAAAAAUGGCAUGAGGAGGUUGAACCGAAGCAUCGUCCAGCACAGAUCAAAUCAUAUCCUGCAAGUAAUCGUUUUUGGACUUGUUUGUUUUAUUGUAGUCUAUUUAUGGUCCAAGCACUUCAAAAGAUGAGAUUGACGUAUUCAGUCAGCUACAUGUUUCCUGCCGAAGAAGCUCCUAAUGUGCGUAGUAUUCUGGUGGUUUUCUCCUUUAUAUGUACUUGUUGGAGAUGCAUUUUAGUCAUUUAUUUACUUGUGAAUAUUUCAACUCAUCGUAUAUACAACAAAUUUAUACCUAUUUGAUUAUGAAUACUAUGUUCGUAUUGUGAA